GAAUCUAGAAUGCAAACGAACGGCCGAACGCCUGAACGGGGCUGUGGGCAAAGAAAUAGCUCAUACGCCGUUGGCUGUUGCAACGUCUAAUCAAAGCACAGGGACGAUGUUAGAUCAUACGGGCCAAGAAUCGAAUAGGAUUGAGGCGUUGAACUUCUGAUCAACAACUACAGCAAAGAAAGAACAAACCGCCUUUGCUUAUGGCCGGGGUUAGCACCAUUUCCCAUACAGCUCCCUCCCUCCCUCUUGAAGGCCGGGUCGCAAUUGUCACUGGUGCAUCGCGCGGAAUUGGCCGCGCCAUCGCUCUCCACCUUGCCUCUCUCGGCGCGAAGCUCGUUCUUAACUACGCCAACAGUUCUACCCAAGCCGAUCUCCUAGCCGACGAGAUCAAUUCCUCGUCCCCUUCCCCUCACCCUCAACGAGCCAUUGCGGUCAAGGCCGACGUCUCUGAUCCCGCCCAAGUAAAAAGCCUCUUUGAUCAAGCCGAGCAAGCAUUCGGCGCAGAGCCCCAUAUCCUCGUCAACUCAGCCGGGGUGAUUGACCCCAAAUAUCCAACCAUAGCAAAUACCACUGUGGAGGAUUUCGAUUCCAUCUUCAGCGUCAACACAAGAGGAGCGUUCUUAUGCUGUAGGGAGGCAGCCAAUCGCUUGAAACGUGGAGGUGGAGGACGGAUCAUAUUGAUUUCGUCCUCAAUGGUAGGCGGGCUCAAGCCGGGGUUUGGAGCUUACGCGGCAUCCAAGGCGGCGGUGGAGACGAUGGUGAGGAUUCUGGCGAAGGAGCUCAAGGGGACGGGGAUCACUGCCAACUGUGUGGCGCCGGGACCCAUAGCGACUGAUAUGUUCUUUGCUGGCAAGGGAGAGGAGCAAGUGAGGAAGGUGAUCGAGGAGUGCCCUCUGAGUCGACUCGGUGAGACCCAAGACGUGGCCCCUCUUGUUGGGUUUUUGGCUACUGAUGGCGGCGAGUGGGUUAAUGGGCAGAUCAUUCGCGUUAAUGGUGGCUAUGUGUGAAAGCAUUAUUCUGGUUCUGGGCUGUUGGAUCUUGUUGUUCGAUAGCGAUUUGCCUCUUUUUGUUUCUUUUCUGUUCUUGUGCAGUUGAUCGGAGUUGCUAUAAAGAAGAAUAAAUAAAGGGAUUCACAGAGCAUCCGUUUGUUGGGACA